CGACAAAUUUCCGACCUGAUCUUCUUCUUAUCAUCGUCAUUAAUGUUUCUUCUUCUUCUUCUCAGACCAAACAUGGUUGACUCAUCACCAUCAACAGCCGAUCAAGUCUGCCCUCCGGCGAACGCCGCACCGAUGUGUAACCCUCACAACUUCAGCCAACUGUCGACCCUGGAGGGCAUAUCGUGGACAUCCAUCUAUUACGGUGGCCUUCCUGGCGGCAUAACGUGUAUGGAUCAUCCUAUUACGUACCCUGAUGGCGAUAAAGAAGUGAAGGUCUACCAAUACACGUGGUGUGACCAAGCUGAAUGCGGCGGCUGUUUGUAUUACGCACAUCGGAUCAUAAGACAGUCCUGCGGUCUCCCAGCUGGAGCUCAAUUCACCAGUGAUCAUUGCUGCGUUCGGUUCGAGACGUACCCAUUCUGCUCCUCAUCUUGAUCAAUAUCACCUAUAUACAUAAAGCUAAAUGUUGUGGAUAUUACUAGAUUGGCUUAAUUGCAAGUUUGGUCACUCGAAUUGCUACAAAAUUUUACGUUUGCCAUUCAAAUUAUAAUUUAUUCCAUUUAUAGUCACUCGAAUUAGUUGAACAAUUCAAGUUCGGUCACUCUCCGUUAACCUCCGUUAGGCUCCGUUAAUGACGACCGUUAAGUGAUGACGUGACUAACAGAAAAUCACAGUCAGCAUAUUUUAACACUAAAAAAUGACGACCCGACCCGCCACGUCACAUUUACCCGCCAUGUCAGCUCUUCUUGCCCAACUUGCGACCCAACCUAAUUAAUUGACCCAACCCCAAACCCGAGACCCGACCCCCUGAAAAUUAAAUCGAAACAGGAAAGGGUAGGGCACUUUCCCUUCCUCCAUCGUCCUCUCAUCCUCCCCCGCCUCUCAUCCUCCUUCUUCGGCGAUUUUCUAACAGUUGGGUGAGGAGAAACAUCUAUCUAGCUAGUAGCUAGAAGCAACAUCUAGCUAGCUACAGGGGAGGCCAUGAAAGGAACUACUACUAGCAGCCCUUCAUGCCGCUUUGAUUCAAGGAACUACUACUACUAGCAGCCCUUCUUCUGCUGCAAAUCUCAGAUACAUUCCUCCUCCUUCCCCUGCUUCUUCCCGCCCUCUCCCGCAAUUCUCCGCGCAAGAUUAUCCCGUCUUCACUCCGGCCAGUCUAUAUUCCGGCUGCAAAAAUUUAACCUAGGAUAGAUUGAAUGUUCUGUUUAAGUAAAGUUGGUUCCUUUUUUGUUUGUUUCACCAUUCCCCUGUAGCUAGAUAGAUGUUGCUUCUAAGUUAGAGAAAAGGUUUUGAACUUUCGUAUAAAGAUUUGAUGGGUGGAAGAAAGAACGGCAGAGGCCAUGAAAGGAGAAACAGAGUACUAUUGGGUUGGAGCAUGUAGAAGCUUGCGAAGCCGAAAGGGAUAACGAGAACAACAAUCCAACGAAUGUAUUGGGUUUAUCAAGAAAUGGGUGAGGAGAAACAUCUAUCUAGCUAGAAAGUUUUGAACUUUCUCCUUUCAUGGCCUCCUCACCCAACUGUUCGAAAAUUGCAGAAGAAGGAGGACGAGAGGCGGGGGAGGAUGAGAGGACGAUGGAGGAAGGGAAAGUGCCCUACCCUUCCUGUUUCGAUUUAAUUUUCAAGGGGUCGGGUUUCGGGUUUGGAGUUGGGUCAAUUAAUUGGGUUGGGUCGCGGGUUGGGCAAGAAGAGCUUACAUGGCGGGUAAAUGUGACGUGGCAGGUCGGGUCGUUGUUUUUUAGUGUUAAAAUAUGCUGACUGUGAUUUUCCGUUAGCCACGUCAUCACUUAACGGUUGUCAUUAACGGAGUCUAACGGAGGUCAACAGAGAGUGACCGAACUUAGACUAUUCAACUAAUUCGAGUGACUAUAAAUGAAAUAAAUUAAUUUGA